CUUGGCAUUGGAAAUUUGAUUACCAUGCGUCCAGGAAACCAUGGCCAGCUCCUCCUCCUCCGGUUUGGCCGCUGCGCUUUCCGGCUCCCGCGCGGCGCGCGCGCCCCCAGCCCCGCGCCCCGCCAUGCCCAACAUCGUGCUCUUCAGCGGCAGCUCCCACCAGGACCUGUCCCAGCGCGUGGCCGACCGGCUGGGCCUGGAGCUCGGCAAGGUGGUCACCAAGAAGUUCAGCAACCAGGAGACCAGCGUGGAGAUCGGCGAGAGCGUGAGGGGCGAGGACGUGUACAUCCUGCAGAGCGGCUGCGGGGCCAUCAACGACCACCUGAUGGAGCUCCUCAUCAUGAUCAACGCCUGCAAGAUCGCCUCGUCCGCCAGGGUGACGGCGGUCAUCCCCUGUUUCCCCUACGCCCGGCAAGACAAGAAGGACAAGAGCCGCGCCCCGAUUUCGGCAAAACUGGUGGCCAACAUGCUGUCGGUGGCCGGGGCGGAUCACAUCAUCACCAUGGACCUGCACGCCUCUCAGAUUCAGGGGUUCUUCGACAUCCCCGUGGAUAACCUGUACGCGGAACCGGCGGUGGUGCAGUGGAUCCGGGAGAACAUCGCCGAGUGGAAGCGCUGCAUCAUCGUCUCCCCCGACGCGGGCGGAGCCAAGAGGGCCACGUCCAUCGCGGACCGGCUCAACGUGGGCUUCGCGCUCAUCCACAAGGAGAGGAAGAGGGCGAACGAGGUGGACCGCAUGGUGCUGGUGGGGGACGUGAAGGGCCGCGUGGCGCUCCUCGUGGACGACAUGGCCGACACGUGUGGCGCCGUCUGCCACGCCGCCGACAGGCUGCUCUCGGCCGGGGCCACGCGCGUCUACGCCCUCCUCACGCACGGCGUCUUCUCGGGGCCGGCGAUUUCCAGAAUCAACAGCGCCGCCUUUGAGGCCGUGGUGGUGACGAACACGAUUCCGCAGGAGGACAAGAUGGAGCGCUGCUCCAAGAUCCAGGUUGUCGAUAUCUCGAUGAUUUUGGCAGAAGCGAUCCGGAGGACACACAACGGUGAAUCGGUGUCUUACCUGUUUAGCCACGUCCCGCUGUAACGCCGGAAUGGGAAGUGUCCAGCCAGCCCUGCUCUUGGGCUUUGUCUGUUUUUUAACUUUAGGAAUCAACAGUGCUAAAUCUGUAUCAGUUCUUUGCAUAUUCUGAGAUUCAGUCCACCCCCCCCCACCCCCUUAAAGUUUGACACCGUUUAUUUACAGGAUUUUUGGGGGGGUGGGAGGGUGAGGAGAAUGUGAGUUAUUUGCUUUUUAAAUGAACGCUCUUAAAUGAGAAAUGUUUGUGUUCUCUUGACUUAUUCUGGCAGGUGACCCUUUUCUUUGUUCUUUCAGUAUAUAAUUGUAUUGUGGCAAUUCCUAGUUUGUAGAUUUCAGGGGUUCCCAGAGAUGAUUUCUGAUUAAAGCCUCGUAUGUAUUAUAUGAUGAUAACACCUGUGGGGACAUUUGGAGUAAAACUCAGUGUAGAAUUAACCCUUUACUUUUGAGAGAACCUUGGAAAAUUUAUAAUUCUUUGAGUUUUGUUGUUUUUUUUUUAAAUUAGUAACCAGGGUUCAAAUAAACUACCUUGGUUAUUAUGCUUAAUUUGAAGAAAAUUACAUUUAGUUGAA